AUGACAAAUAGUGAACAAAAAUUGAGAAAAGCAAACAAAGAACUCAAGGACGAAGUAGCGGAGCUUAAAGUGAAGCUAGAAAAGGUUUUGAAAGAGUUAAGUGAACGAACUGAAGAAUGCAAUCUAAAUGUCGGUAAUGGCGUCGAAGUGUUGUCACCAGACAAAACCAAAUCAGUGGAGUUUGUUUCGGACCAGUAUGAUGAUUUAAUUGCUUUCAAAGUAAGUGCCAGUAAAGAGCUUGAAGAAAUUAGGGCAAGACUCGAUAAGAUAUCUGAGACCUGCGACCGCAUCCAGAAAUCGCUAGAUGCUUUUGAACUGUACAGCUACCAAUUCAACAUCAAGAUAGUCGGAAUGCCGAUGGUUGCUGAACGUGAACACCCUGAGCAAACUGCAAAUCUAUGCCUACAGUUAUUUUCAGCCUUGGGAGUAAAGGGAGUGUCGAUCCAGGAUAUUGAUACGGCCCACCGAGUGCCGUCUAUGAAGCCGUCAAAUCGACCCAAUGCAAUCGUUUGUAAGUUUGUACGAAGGCUAGCUAAAGACCAAGUAAUGGCGGCCAGGAAGAAAGUUGGUGGCCUCAAGGCCGAAGAACUUGGAUUUGCAGCUGAUAUCAAUGUCAAGUACCUUAAUAUCUAUGAUCACUUAACGCCACGGUUACAAGCCUUAUAUCAUGAAGCAAAGAAAGUCAAAGAGGCUAAGAAGUACAAAUUUUGUUGGGCGAAAAAUGGCUUUGUGUAUCUUCGCAAGUCUGAAGAAUCCACAAUUUACAAAUUCGCCGACCUUUCUGAGCUUAAC